AUGCAUUCAUCAAAAGCUAAUGGAAAGACAAGAUCUGCAAAUAAUUCACCAUUAUUAUCAUCUUCAUUUUCACCAACCAUGUACAGAAAUACUCUAGUUAACAAAAGUAGUCAUUCACGGACAUACAGUGACUGGAGUCCAGUUGUUCCAUCAACGAAUGUAAGACUAAUCGAUACAUAUCUAAUCAAAGGACCCUCUGGAUUUGGACUAACACUAACUGGAGUAUUAACUUUUAUUCCCAAUGGAAUGUUAGAUGUUCAUAUUGUCUCAGAUCAAUUUAAUACACAAGAUGGUUUCUUUCAACGUCUAUUACAAAUACGAAGUGUAAGUGAUGACGUCAUUACAUGUGAUAAUGACUUAAUCCAAUCACACACAAAACAGCCAGUUAUACGACCAGGUGAUAUAUUACUCGCAGCUGGUGGUUAUCGUUUUGCUGGUUGUACACCUGAAUAUGCUGUACAGUUAUUAUCCAGAAUUCCAACUGGUGGUAUAGUUCAAGUCACUUUACUUAGAGGCUUGAGUAUACCUACUAACCAAUGUGUAAAUGAAAUGAAUUAUUAUAGAUAUCAUUCGCAUGGGCCAAGAUCUUCUAGUCUCUGUUCUUCAGUAAGCAGUUCCUCUGAAGUAUCACCAAACAAAACAAAUUCGGAUCAUGAAGCUCAAAACAAAUCAAAUUUUGUACAAUCACAUCUAAAAAAUUUUUGCUCAGAUUGUCGUGAUUCCAUUAGAACUAUAACUUUAUUUAAAAAAGACAAUGAUUAUGGAUUUACCUAUGUCUAUACAAAAUAUGGAUGUUUAGUAAAUCAGGUAAACACGAAUGAAUCGAAUAAUAGCAUUAAUACUAAAUUACAAACCGGUGAUUUAAUAAUUAAACUUGGUAAUUUCGAUUUGACAAAGGUGACAAAAUCUCAGUUCUUACAAUUAUUUGGCAUUUAUACCAAAGCAAAAUCUAUACAGAUUACACUUAUUAGGGUUUGUACAAAUUGUUUAAAUAAACUAAAUUAUUACAGUCCAAUUUCAAAUCUAAAAGAAGAGGAUCAUAAUGAUCUCAGAACUCCGUUGAAUAAAAGUGAAAAGACAGUAACAAAAUCAACGGAUCGGAGUGAAAUGUUAUCAUUUUUAAGAACAGUAUUGAAUACAAGUAGCCAUUUUAAAAAAUCAUCAAAUCAUAAUCCACAUAUUAAAGAUAAACCAAAUGAAAAACAUACUACCACUACAGCUACUGCUACUACUAAUAAUAAUAAUACGACCGCAACUACAACUCAUAAUAACAGCCACACUACUGUACAACAUUUAAAUCAAACAAUUGCACCAUGGUUACCUGGUCAGUGUAUUAUACCAGGCAUAGGUAUGAGUGGUCCAUGUGAGACACCAGAUUAUAUACCUGUCUCGGAAUUACUAAAUAAAUCCAAAGUAAAUAUCUGUCAGAACAAUAAUGCGUAUUACUUGAAUGGUGCACACAAACAUCGACAAGCACAAAUGCCAAAUGACUUACUACAACAAUGUGUAAAUUCAGCCAAUGAACAACAGUCAAGUUUGCCUCUCAAAGAUAACAAUAAUAACAAUAAUAAUAAUUCAUCUUGCAAUGGAUUACUUCAGUCAGCCUUAUUGUCAUCGUCUUCAUCAGUAACAGCACAGGUGAAUGGUUUGCACAGUCCAACGGAGAAGAACACUAAUAGUCCUACAGAAAAAGAUGUAAAAAUUCUCUACAUUCCAAAUGAAGGGAAAUUAAAAUUUAUUAAAGAAAAUGCUGAACAGAAUUUUCCGAGUAUUAUACCCUUGAGCAUCAAUGCACAAAUACCAAACGAAUCAAAUCAGAAUUUAGUUGUAGGUGAUCUACUGGUAGCUAUUGAAAAUCAACCUGUUCUAAAUUGUAAACCAAAUGAAAUUGAAGAGUUAAUUCAGUUAGCAGCGAAGAAAAAUAAAGGAUUUGUAACAUUAACUGUUCGUAAAAUUCACUCUACAGAAAAAUGUGAAUCAGCGAAAAUAUCAGGAACACCGGUAGAUAAUUUUAUCAAUUCCAAUAUAAUCAAUGUGAAAUUAACGAAAAACAAGGAUGAAGGUUUCGGCUUUGUGAUAGUUACGUCGUUGAAUAAUGAAAAAACAAGUGAAAUAGGACGUAUAAUCCCAGGAAGUCCAGCUGAGAAGUGUGGACAGUUAGAAGUUGGACAACGUAUUCUAGCUAUAAAUGGAUAUUGGUUGACAGGAAUAAAUCAUAUAGACAUUGUGAAUCUUAUCCGACAAAGUCAACAGGAAUUACUACUAACCGUAGAGAAAUCUGGUGCCUUAUUCAGUGAAAGAAACAAUAAUCUUGCUGGUCACUUGGAUACAAAUCAAAAUACUUUUUCUCUGCCUACUUCUACAAAUUCAGUAGUAUGUCCUCAUUCUGUAAACAUUUUAAAAUCUGAUGAAUUACCAGUUGAAAAAGUUACUGAAAAGUGCAAUUCAAAUGACAUAUCUACUCAAGGCUUAUAUUCAAUUACACUGAAACGUGGUCCUAAUGGAUUCGGCUUCUCUGUUCGUAGUGGAUAUAGUUCUAAUAAUUCUCCAUUAAUUGUCUAUAGGAUUAUAGAAAAUGGACCAGCUUAUCAACAAGGUCAAAUGCAAACUGGUGAUGAAAUUCUAGAAAUUAAUGGAAUUAGUACACUUACAAUGACUCAUCAACAAGCUGUUGAAAUGAUUAAAUCAAGUGGAUCAACUAUACGCAUUCUACUACAACAUUUUAAUGAUGAUAAUCAAUGUGAGAAUUCUUUUUAAAGACAAAAAUACAAAACAAGAACACGAGAAAAAGAGGAAUAUGAAAGUACAACAAAUAAAAUGAUUGAAAAAACAAAUAAAUAAAAAUACAGACUAUUACUUUCAGGAUUCAAUUAUGU